AUGCAGGGGUCAACGGAAGGCUCCUCAGCCAGCCUAUUGCAGCUCGCGUUUACCCAGCUUGGGUGGAAAACGUAUCGCGUGCGUGGGCAGCUGUUUGAGGUGGAGGAACGCUAUACGUUGACAUCAGUCGUGGGACAUGGGGCGUAUGGGGUUGUGUGUGCGGCGUUUGACAAUACGGAGUUUAGAAAUGUGGCUAUCAAGCGCGUCGGCCACCUUUUUGAUGACCUCGUGGAUGGCCGUCGCAUCUGGCGGGAGAUCGUAAUACAACGUAUCCUCCGAGAAAAUGGCUGCCGCAACACAUUAAACCUCUUGCGGAUUGUGCCUCCGAGAGAAAGUGUGGCGGACUUCCGUGAGUUGUGCAUAGUGACGGACCUUUACGAUACCGACCUUCACACGGUUAUUCAUCGUGUGAAAAGCAACUCGAUCGUUACGCUGCAGCGAAUCAUGGUACGUAUACUGCGUUGUUUGGCUGACAUGCAUUUCAUGGGUAUCAUUCAUCGUGAUGUUAAACCAAGCAAUAUUUUAAUUGGGGAUAAACCUGACAGCGAUAAUGCGGUGGUGUGUGACUUUGGGCUCGCUCGGGCAGGUCUGUUAGACUUAGAUGAACCGUUAGAUCUCACGGACUACGUUGUUACUCGUUGGUACCGUCCUCCGGAGCUGUUGCUAAUGUGUCGCUAUGGUUUUCCCAUCGACAUGUGGGCCAUGGGGUGUAUCAUUGCGGAGUACGUGAUAGGCCGUCCACUCUUUGGCGGCUGUGACUAUGUUCACCAGAUGCAGCUGGUGCUUUCCAGCAUUCCGAUGACAGGAACGGGGUUUGUUGAGGGCGGCAGCCGAGCCGCCUUGGGAUUCCUUAACGAGCUUGAGAGAAAAUACAAGGGUAAAAGGCCACUCGCAGAUUUGUUGGAGGGCCUCACGGCGGAGGGCGUUGAUUUGGUGACAAAGCUUCUCGCCUUCGAGCCGAGCAAGCGGUUGACGGCGAUGCAGGCCCUGCAACACCCGUUUUUCGCGCACGUUGGGGGUGAGGGGGUGUCGCACUGCACUCGACCACCCAAGGCCGAUGUUUCCUUUGACCUGCACGCGGAGAUAUCCGAGGCGCAGCUGCGGCGCGCCAUAUGGGAGGAGGUGGCCCGCUACCAGGAUGGGAAUCCCAUGAAGAAGGGAUGCAUACUGUCGUAG